CACUAAACUACUACCGAUACCACAUACUCAUACACGACAUGUCGACUCAAACGAUGAAAGCAGUCAUGCAGACCGCCUACGGCGAGUCCUCCAAAGUGCUCCAAGUCACUUCCGUCCCACUUCCGACAAUGAACGAGAACUCGGAUGAUCUCCUGGUUCGCGUCAAGGCGGUCAGCAUCAACCCUCUCGACUCUGUGAUCCUUAAGGGAGAGCUACGUGUGGCGUGGACGGACACAAUGCCUUUUGCUGUCGGCUCGGAUGUCAGUGGAGUAGUCGUAAAGGCUGGAAAGGCUGCCGCGUUCAAGGAGGGCGAUGAAGUGUAUGGCUUCCUGCAGAUGAGGCACCGUGGGUCAUUGGCAGAGUACUGCGUCAUACCCGCGAGCACCUGUGCUCACAAGCCUAAAAACCUGACUCACGAAGAAGCAGCAUGCUUACCCAUGGUUGGCUGCACGGCGAUGCAAGUGUUCGAGUGUCAUUCUGGGCCGAAGGAUACCGCAUUUAUUCCUGGUGGUCUCGGAGGGGUAGGGAGCAUGGCACUCCAGCUCGCGAAACCCUGGGCUGGCUUCAAGAAGACUAUCACGACUGUUUCUACUUCGAAAGUAGCCGCACUCAAAGAACAUAUCAAGGAUGUUGACGAAGUGAUGGACUACAAGACUGUUGACCCUGAAACUGUCAUUCCCGCCCACUCCUGCGACUUCGCCCUUGAUCAAUUCGGCAAGCCUUGCUCCUAUAUCCGCUACCUCAAGAAGGGCACCGGCAAUGACAAGCCCAGCGUUGUCUCUAUCAUGACUCCUCCCAAUGCUGAGAAGGCACAGAAAGGGUGGGAAACCCGGCUCGGGCUGGGGAUGACAGCCGUGCUGACAGUGAUGGACUGGCGGACGCGCUUCACCAUCCCCGGGUGGGUGCAUUACGACAGCAUCUCUGCUGUGCCUAGUGGAAAGGACAUGGAGGUCCUGAGGAAACUGGCGGAGGAAGGCAAGGUCAGGCCUAUUGUUGACAAAGUGUUCGAGUUGGAUCAGACGAUCGAGGCAUUUGCCCUGGCUGAGAGCAAGCCGGCCGGAAAGGUGGUUAUUCGGGUAUUGCAAUGAGCGAUGGAUUGAUUUCUCCGUUUAUGUUACUGGUCAUUGUGAUCAAUAGAA